CCCCCGGCAGCCAUCGAUCAGGGAUUGCAGUGGAUGAGCAGGUGGGUGCCGUCUGGUGGAUGGAAUGGGAUAGGAUGGGAUGGAUUCGAUGGACAUUGGAUCGGGGAAGACGGUGCGGCUCGUCUCCGUUGAAGACGUCUGCGUGGCUGAAUCCCCCCAACAAGCCUCCUCUGUUGUGCGCGAGUCACGGCCUCUCUGUCGUGUAAUAAUAAUAAGCCCACGAAACAUCCAACUGAGCUGCAGCUUGCAUGAGCCAGCGGGCGGCCGCUGACGAAUUUAGUCGUCAGGACUCGCGUAUCCUCACAUAUAAUUCGGCGGUGUAUGUAUACUAUGGCAACACGUCCGUGCGGCAACGACGGCCGCUCAAUCCAUCCUUGCUAGGCCGACGCCUCGUCCAGCGCCUUCUUACGCUUCGACACCAUCAAAAGGCGAACCCCGCCACCAGGUCGUCGAUCGCCGUUAUCUGCCAACUUGAACGACACCCCGGGCUGUUGCGCAGUGCCUGAUCGUCGAUGGGCGCUGCGCUGUGGCUUGAAGAGUUGCGCGCUUGUUGGCGUCCCCUGGACCGGCCGCACAUGUACGAAGUACGCCUGUUCCUCCUCGUCCGAACCACCCCCCAAGGAAGGGGGGGGUAAUGCGGAGCGGCGAACGACUUGGCAGACGGCAGACGCACAGAUGGCCGGCAUGUGUUCAGUCCGGCCCAGUCCAGUCCAGUUCUGUCCCUGUCCGGCUUGUGCGCACCGGCAGUCGGCGGAGUGGUUCGCCGCACAUGUACUUGCUAUAUUACUCCGAUGAAUGAACGUCCUGAGUCGCUCCCAGGAGACUAGGAGACUGGGAUUAAGAAUGCCGGAUUUCUCGCCCCGAAUCUUGGUCUCUCCCAUUGCAAGUGAGAAGCCUGUACCAAGCCGAAUCGCGCCUUCUUCGCUGCGGUUAUUAGACCGCCCGGGUGCCCUUGUCAACAAACAACCCGUUGAGUCGAAUCUGUGCCCUGGCGCUGCAGUCCGUGACUCGACAUCCGCAUUGUCCCAAGAGCCUCUGAACGGGGCACGCCCAGCGCGAUGGCGACGCCGUUCCAGACAGAGGCCUGGACCGAGUACGGCCUCGGUGUCGUGGUUCUCUUCUUGCGCUUCUUUUCGCGGUGGAAGACAGUCGGUCUGAAGGGAUGGGGAGGCGACGAUGCCUUUGCUGUCCUCGUGCUUCUCUUCUGGACGCUCGAGUUGUGUAUGCUGGAACUCAUCGGACAGUACGGCACCAACAUCGGCAUCACAGACGAGGUCGGCGCCACGCUGUCGAGCGAGCAGAUUGCGCGCUUGGAGUUUGGCUCCAAGUGCCUCCUCGCCGGAUGGAACUUUUACGUCUCACUGAUAUGGGCGCUCAAGGGCUGCAUGCUCUGCUUCUACAACCGCAUCACUCUUGGCCUUACGCAGCAAAAGUUCGUCAAGUGGACUGGCCUGGCGUGCUUCUUUGCCUACGCGGGCGUCCUGGGCGCCAUAUGGGGACACUGCACGCCCGUGCACAAGAACUGGCAGGUCGUGCCGUAUCCUGGCGACGAGUGUACGCUUGCUGUGGCCAACUACCUGACUCUUGUCGUCCUCAAUGUGACGACUGAUUUCGUCAUUCUCAGCAUCCCGAUUCCGCUGCUUUGGAAAGUCAAAAUCACGCUUGGACGCAAGCUUGCCAUUGGCGUGCUGCUCUGCUCGGGUGUCUUCAUCAUCGUUGCCACGAUCCUCCGAUGCGUGCUGUCCCUGCGCGACAUCCAGGGCAUCAACAUCAGCACGAUCUGGGCCAUUCGUGAGACGUUUGUCGGAAUCAUCGCGGUCAACGCCGCGGCCAUCAAGCCCCUCUUCUCCAAGAGCCGCUGGAUCGUCUCCAGCAAGGGCAGCAGCGGCGCCACCCCCGGAUACAACAAGAACAAGGACCAGUACUCGCUGGACCACAUGCCCGGCGGCGCGACCUCGACCAUCGGGUCCAUGUCGAAGCGGCGCUUCAACAAGCAGAUGAUGAUGAUGGAGCUGGGCGACAACUCGAGCGAGGAGCACAUUGUCGACGCCACCAAGGACCACACGGGGCUCGCAUACAACAGGUGGCUGCGCAGCGAGGUCAGCGGGGGCACGUCGUCGUCGGUAGGCGAGAGGAGCGGCGGCAGUACUGAGGGCGAUGGCAUCACUGUUACUACGAGGGUCGAAGUCACUCCUGGGACGCCGCGACACAUGGUCUAGUUCUGCUAGAGCACGGUUGUCAGAAGAGCUUUCCCCGUGCUUCAUAGGGGUUGUAUCCAGCUGUUGCUGUAAUAUCCCCAAACCUUCGCGGUUAGUGACGUUCUGCUGGGCACAUAUGUGUGUAUAAUUGUAUAGUAUCAUGACUCAAGCCCUAAUAUACAUGAAGCGC